AUGCUGGAGGCGAGGUCCCCUUGCAAACACCCCAAGACCCUGGAAGUGCUGAGCCAGAACACCACCUGCUGUUACCUGAUGCCGUUCCCCGGCAGAGGGAUCAUGAGUGGAAGCGAGGGAAGGCUGAGAGACACAGAUGAGGAUUUCUGGGAGCACCUGAGGGACUAUGUCACCGACCUGGUGGUCUUGGCCAGUCGACAUGUAUGGCCAUCACCUUCCACAACCAGAGAGUCACCAUGCUCUCUUUUUGAGGCAGAAGUGUCCAGCCGUAUCAUAGGGGGGCAGGAUGCGCAGGAGGGUCGAUGGCCCUGGACAGUAAGUGUGCAAGUAAAUAGUCGACACGUCUGUGGAGGAUCCCUCGUCUCAACCCAGUGGGUGGUGUCAGCUGCUCACUGCUUCGAUCUCUCCGUGCCCUAUUCCCAGUACCGUCUGGUGCUGGGGGCUCACCAGCUCCUCAAUCCCUCCCCGAAUCAGGUCCUGGCCGAGGUGCAGAACAUCAUCCCCCACCCCAGUUACAAUAGCAAGAGCUCCGUUGCUGACAUCGCCUUGGUGAGGCUGAAGGAGCCGGUGGCAACCACGAAGUUCAUCCGUCCCAUCUCACUGCCGGGGGCCUCCCGCCAGUUCCCUGUGGAGAACACAUGUUGGGUCACCGGUUGGGGUGAUGUUGGAGCGAACAGUACGUAUUGGAAGACUCAGAGAGGGAGCUGGGAGGCCGACGACUCUGGGAAUCCUCUGGCCUGUCAGCAGGGUGGCACCUGGUACCUGGCUGGAGUCCUCAGCUCGUUCCUGAGCGGCAUCACGAGUGAUAUCAUCUGUUUGGAGGCUAGUUACCCCGCAGUCUUCACCCGGGCGACAGCCUAUGACAGCUGGAUCCAGGGGCACGUGAAUGGUGUGGGCCCCUCUACUGUUGCUUCUCCAGCCGCGCUGAUACUCACCACCCUCCUCCUCACAGCGCUGUGA